AUGUGGGCGAACGGGGCCGGGGAGGACGAGGAACAGAGGGACGCGCUGUACGCGCGCCCCGGUUCGACCGGCGCGGACCAGGGGUGGGGCGCUGGGCGCGGAAACCCUCGAGGCCCGUUCGUCAACGCGUGCGCGGUGCUCACCGCGCUCGGGGCGUUCACGAUGUUCGUCGUCAUCGCGUGGGCGAUAUCGUCCACGACCGGGAGUUUCGGGGAGCAGAUCGCGUGGCUGGUGUCGAACCCUUGGGGGGUCGUCUCCCUCGUCGACUUGUACGUCGGCUUUUCGGUGUUCUCUCUGUGGAUUUGGUUCCGCGAGAGAAACGCGUUCGCGGCCGCGGCCUGGACGCUCGCGAUGAUGACGACCGGAUGGCUCGGCGGAAGCGCGUACGUGUUCAACUGCUUGCGACAGUUCAACGGAGACUGGCAGUGGUUCUUCAUGGGAAACAGGCGCGCGUGA